CUUUAUCUCGCCCGUCCCCGCCGGCUGCGCGCGGCCAUCACCUUCAGUGCCCAUCGUCGCUUCUCCUUUGAGACCCAUCACGCGCACGUCCCUUUGACUCAACUCGAGACUCUGACGUAAUCAACAGCCCACAGAUUGCCCCUUCCGUACGUGGAUCAUAUUCGGUGCAGCUCUCAGCCUACCGCACCUCUCUCAUCCUACACAUCACACGCACGCACGCACGCAAUCCCCCUUAUCUUCGAUACUUGAUCCUCCAUCGAUCAAACGCGCUGCUCACAACCUCAAUCCCUCUACACGCUUUUGUUUCCAUCUUUUUUCUCUGUUUUGCAUCUGGCAAUUGCUACUUUUCUCCGCCCUUUCUAAGUGCUCGAGUCUCCACCAUGAGCUCCAACGACCGCAACUCGCCACCGCUACCCUCGCCAACCCGCCGCCGUUCUUCGUUUGCGGGCCAGUUCGUCGACAUGUUCGGCGUUAGGCCUUCCAACGGGGCAAGCUCCAAUGGCCAAAGUAUGCCCGGUCCGAUCUCACACGCUGCCAUGCAAGCCCAGCAACGCCGCCUAUCCCUAACAACCAUCGGACUGUCCGGAUCGCCUAACGCUACCUCUCCCUUCGCGUCAGGACGACCACGAACUGAGAGUAUGUCGAGCUCCAACUCGGGUACUGUCGACGAGUCCCCGUUCGAGGAUGGCGAUGCCCCAAUCUCGAGCGCGCCUUCGUCGCCUUUCGCUCGCCGUCUCAGCUUCGGAGCCCGAGCUAUGCGAGACAUGAGAUCAAGCACGGGCAAUGCAAAUGCUAAUGGUUCCGGAUUCGAUAUCGCUGAAAACAUGCGCAGCAGGGCCGAGCGGUCGUCGUUCUCUGCCGCUUCGGGUAUGAAUGGCCAAGCGAUGCACCAGCGACCAAAGAGCGUCUCCAUGGCGGAGCCACCACGAGACAUUCCUACUGCCCAACCAAAGCGGCCGGAUGCAUUUCAAGAGCGCAUCUUGAAAGGUGAUUUCUAUAUGGAUUAGUGCUCAUGGACGGCAGGCUUUGCAUUCAGCACAUAUAUCACUGGAGGAAUCAAUGAACCAUCAUCAAUGUCCAUUCGGUUUUUUGCGUCGUGAUUUGCAAAGCGGCGUGUUCAAUCAAGUGCACAGUAUUUCCAUCCGAGCAGGAACGAAAAAUCAACGCUUUCUGGGCCACCAAAUCGGUAAGAAAAUGGGCAAACGAUUUGAGGAAUGACGCAUUGGAGUUCAAACAAAGAUAGCCCCUCAUGCGGGUCUUGUCUGCCAAAAUAUGAUCUUGACGUUGCAGUUAAAGGAUUGCAUCAUCUUCGAUGUGCUUGCUCAUCGGAACCGGGAUGUCCAUUUAUUGAACAGCAAGUCUGAACAACAAGCAUUCACUCUAGGACUCGGACUUUGUUUGAGAAUCACUCUACCUUCGCUGGUGCGAUGGCAGGAAUGGGAAGUUAAAUUGUAUUAGUAACGAAUUUUGAUAUGACCUAUUGACGGACAGAUGAUGAUGAUGAUGGGUUACUGGAGGAAAUGGGUUUAUCUCAGCCGCUCAAACAUCCUCCACUGCAAGCUAGGCGGCUAGGUUACCAUUUGGCUGAUAUUUACGUUUGUUGAUACCAGUACAGAAUACGUUGAAAGUUACGGAUAAUGAAAAAUUUCCCAAGUUUAGGCCAG